GGUGCCGGUUCCCCCUGUGGAAAGAAUCGGCCCCUAUUUCAGGGUGCCGGUUCCCCCUGUGGAAAGAAUCGGCCCCUAUUUCAGGGUGCCGGUUCCCCCUGUGGAAAGAAUCGGCCCCUAUUUCAGGUUCCCCCUAUGGAAAGAAUCGGCCCCUAUUUCAGGGUGCCGGUUCCCCCUGUGGAAAGAAUCGGCCCCUAUUUCAGGGUGCCGGUUCCCCUGUGGAAAGAAUCGGCCCCUAUUUCAGGGUCCCGGUUCCCCUGUGGAAAGAAUCGGCCCCUAUUUCAGGGUGCCGGUUCCCCCUGUGGAAAGAAUCGGCCCCUAUUUCAGGGUGCCGGUUCCCCCUGUGGAAAGAAUCGGCCCCUAUUUCAAUGGUGACGGUUCCCCCUGUGGAAAGAAUCGGCCCCUAUUUCAGGUGCCGGUUCCCCCUGUGGAAAGAAUCGGCCCCUAUUUCAUGGUGCUGGUUCCCCCUGUGGAAGAAUCGGCCCCUAUUUCAGGGUGCCGGUUCCCCCUGUGGAAAGAAUCGGCCCCUAUUUCAGGGUGCCGGUUCCCCCUGUGGAAAGAAUCGGCCCCUAUUUCAGGGUGCCGGUUCCCCCUGUGGAAAGAAUCGGCCCCUAUUUCAGGGUGCCGGUUCCCCCUGUGGAAAGGAAUGGCACCUAUUUCAGGUUCCCCUAUGGAAAAGAAUCGGCCCCUAUUUCAGGUUCCCCAUGGAAAGAAGUUGGCCCUAUUUCAGGCCGGGUUUCCCUGUGGAAAGAAUACGGCCCCUAUUUCAAUGGUGACGGUUCCCGCUAUGAAAGAAUCGGCCCCUUUCAGGGUGGGUCCCCUACGGCGAUUUGGGAAAUAUUGCAUUUGUCUGCGUUCCUGUGGCUUUCCUCCUCGCCGGUAA